AUUUCCAGUUUCUGUUCUAAUGAAAACGUUAAAAAAUAUUACCAUUACGUCAGAUUAACGAUCAGUCUAGCCUUGGAAAAAGGACAGUACACAAACUUGACGAAGAAACAUAAAUAUUCCUUACAGUUUAAACAGUGAUAACCCAUGAAAGCUUGUUUCCAAUGGGGUCCUUUGAUGCACAGAUGUUGGCGCUAGGAAGUCAUUGAUCAUGGUUUCAAUUUACUCAGUGCAAAGAAAAAAAUGGCAGGUGUGUUGGGAAUGGCAUUCAUUCCUUAUUACAAUCAACUGAUAAAGAUCCUCGAGACCAAUGAAGAACUCAAGAAAAGUGCCCGAGGGAUUUUCAAGCAGAUGGCCUGGGCUGCUGGGGGUACGGCAGUUGGUGGGGUCCUUUUAGGGCCCCUUGGGGCUGGGAUUGGGGGAAUGGCAGGUUCCAUGAUUGGGUACAUGUGUGCUGAUGAAUACACUGCCAUGAUUAAAGUAUUAAAGAAUUUAAGUGAUUCAGACAAAGAGAAGGUUGUAAAAGCCGUACAGGAGCUAGUGGGAAGUUCCUCGAUAGAAGCCCUCACAAGGUUUAUCGGGAAUCAAGUACAGAGGGACGUUUUCUUAAAACUGCUUGGUGAUUUCGUGGGAGACAUUCAAAAAGGAGGAUAAAAGCAUACAUGCUAUAUAUCAGGAUAUUUAAUAGAGUCAUCAGUUUAGUGCUUUAAAUUAUGGAUUUUACAAUAUUGACGUGAAUGAUUAGCUACCUUUCGUAUAUUUGUGUUAUUUGUAACAGAUGUUUAAUAUUUGUACCUAACAACACCUUGUUGUGAAUUUCAUUAUGUGAUUGGUGUUGAUAUCAUGCACAUUGUUGUUUAAGAACUAGUGCCUGUACAUUUCGUAGCUGCUCAUGCUCCAAAAAACUGUGUUUUUUCAUUAAUUUUUUUGUGACCCAUUUCUGCAAUUUCAGAUAUUUUAAAUCUACAGAAAACACACAAAUAUUGAUAAUUGAAUACUAUCAUAUCAUUUCUCUGAACAAUUUCAGAAUGUUUCAGUAGUAUGCUGUUAAAUAUGUUAAAUGUUUAUUUUUGUACAAGAACAUAAUGUAUAUAAUUUAUUCUGUGUUUUAAACACUUGAAAUGUUGCGGGUAAUUUAUGAAUGCCUUAUAGAUCUGUGUUGUAUUUUCAUGAAUUCCAUUUGUGUUUGAAUUAGUAAAUGUACUUUAUAAAUUUUCACUGAAGUCAUAUUUUACAAUAUGUGAUCAAUGACCUUGACCUGCUGAACCAAAUAAAAACAAUUUUAGGGGUCAUCAUCAA